UUUUUUUUUUUUUUUUUACCUGUUAAUAUUGCCGACAGUCCUAGUCUUGCAGUUGGUCAUGCGCUCCCGUGUGCAUCUGGACAAUGAAUAACACCACCGGCUCGGCGCUGGUUGGAAAGAGCGGCCGGGCGGACCCGCCGGCGCACAGAGCUCUUACGGGAUGCGUUCUGGCGCUGCUCAUCAUCUGGACGCUUUUGGGCAACAUGACCGUGUGCGCGGCCGUGUAUCGCUAUCGCCAUCUGCGCGCCAAGGUGACCAACAUCUUCAUCGUGUCUCUGGCGCUGUCGGAUCUCCUCGUCGCCGUGCUGGUGAUGCCGUGGAAAGCCGCGGCCGAAGUGGCCGGCUUCUGGCCGUUCGGCGGCUUCUGCAAGACAUGGCUGGCCUGCGACAUCAUGUGCUCCACCGCCUCCAUCCUCAACCUGUGCGUCAUCAGCUUGGACCGAUACUGGGCGAUCUCCAGCCCGUUCUGCUACGAGCGGAGCAUGAACAAAAGGGUGGCCUUCGUUAUGAUCGGCGUGACUUGGACGGUGUCCGUGGUGAUCUCCUUCGUUCCGGUGCAGCUGGACUGGCACCGGGCGGAAAUCGGUGACCCCAGCGGGCGGCAUACCACCCCGCGCCUGGAGAGCAGCGCCGAGGGGAGCUGCGACUCCAGCCUGAGUCGCACUUACGCGAUCUCUUCCUCCCUCAUAAGCUUCUACAUCCCCGUUGUGAUCAUGAUCAUCACCUACACCCGGAUCUACCGGAUAGCCCAGACGCAGAUCCGGGUGAUAUCUUCCCUGGAGCGCGCCGCGGAGCACGCGCAGAGCUGCCGGUCGCAAGUGCCUGAGCUGUUCCCGCACAUGUGUACGGAAAUCGGAGGCAACUCCUACCAGGCCCGCAUCAGCAUCCACCCUGAUACCCAGUGCCCCGACCAGUCACACCGGGAGCUGCGGGUCUCCAUCAGGAAGGAGACCAAAGUGCUGAAGACGCUGAGCAUCAUCAUGGGUGUUUUCGUCUGCUGCUGGCUGCCCUUCUUCAUCCUCAACUGCGCCCUGCCCUUCUGCCCCGGACCGGGGGCCCCGGGAGCCCACCGCGGCCCCUGCUGCGUCAGCGAGAAAACCUUCGACAUCUUCGUGUGGAUCGGGUGGAGCAACUCCUCCCUGAACCCGGUUAUCUAUGCGUUCAACGCGGACUUCAGGGACGCCUUCCUGCGCCUGUUGCGCUGCCGCGGACGAGGCUUCCUGUCGGCGGUGAGCACGGCGCUGGAGACCAUGAUGGCGAGCAACGAGGCCGGGCAGCAGAGGCGGGACAGCAGCCUGAGGGCGAAGCUGAGCGUGUCCACGAACACGCGGGGGAGUCAGGACAGCGGGAACACCACUGUGACCGUGUUUUAUCACGGAGGAGCCACGACGGAGCAGGGGCCCGACACGGUGGAAAGAUACGAGAAAGAUCGCUUGACGCAGAUCCCCAGAUAAACUUAUUUUCACACUGUUUGUUUAAUACAUCAAUUUUUGACUAUCAAA